GAGCAGUAUCAAAAAUUUUUCAAAAAUAGCUGGCAUCUCUGGUCGGCAUCGCUGUCAAAGCGGCUGAAAUUUGCUUACGAUCGUUUUGCUUUUACUGCAAAACAAAACUUCAUUUUCUCUGAGUAUCAAUUUGUUUCAAUAGCUUUUUUCGCAUUAGCAAACACAGUAGAGAUUUCAGUCGAGCAAUGACUAGUGUCUUUCGUGUUGGUGUUCGGUUUAUAAAUCGAUCCCCUACGGUUAAACCGCUCUUGGAAUCCCAAUGGUGUGUUUCUGCCGGAAUAAUUCAAACAUGUAACAUAUCGGGCAAAACUCUGCGCGGUUCGAAGUUGAGCAAACCAAAACCAUUCCCGUACCUUGAAAAACCUUACACAGCUUUUCAAGCGUGGAAAGAUACAAUUUUCAAGGAUACUACAAAUCGUUUUGAUGAAAAUACUAAGGUUGUAGUCGUCGACGGUCCUAUUGCUGCCGGUAAAUCUGCAUUUGCUAAGGAGCUUGCCACCGAAUUGGAGAUGAAAUAUUUCCCCGAACCGACAAUGGAUAAUUACUAUAUUAAUGCUUAUGGGUACGAUUUGCGCAAGCUGGAUUCGCAACUUCCUGUCAAUAUGCAAAGUUUUGACACAAACAAGUUUCUACAGGAUCCCACUCACCGAAAUGUAGCAACUUUCCAGAUUCGCAUGCUAAUGCAACGCUACUCACAGUAUGUAGAUGCAUUAGCUCAUCUGUUUUCGACUGGCGAAGGAGUUGUGCUGGACCGCUGCGUUUACUCGGAUUUCGUCUUUGUAGAAACCAUGUUUAAAAACGGAUACUUGUCGAAAGGAGCCCGAUCUGUAUAUUACGAACUGGUUAACAAUACUUUUCAAGAAUUGAUGAAACCUCAUUUGGUUAUUUAUCUAGAUGUCCCAGUUAAAGUAAUAAAAGAUCGCAUUAAAAAGCGUAGCAAUCCAGCCGAGGUUAAUUCUAAAGUUCUGACUGAUCAAUAUCUAAUGAACAUGGAACAUAUUUACAAACAGCAAUACUUAAAAGAUAUAAGCACUCAUGCCGAGUUGUUGGUUUAUGAUUGGUCAGAUUAUGGUGAAACAGAGGUUGUUGUUGAAGACAUUGAACGAAUCGAUUUUGAUCGGUUCGACAAAGAUGACACACAUAUGCGUGACUGGCGAAUGGCCAAUGAAGGUGAAUGGACGGAAGCUCGUGCUCGUUACAUGGAUAAACCAGAUUUGUUCAACUUUUUUAAUGUUCCACGAUAUGACGUACCCGAACUAAUUGUGUCCGCGGAAGACUUCAAAGCUUGGUACGACAUCUGGUUCGAGGCUCCUGGUAUGAAGUACAGAAAAGGUUAUAACGCUGAUUGUGGGGAUGAUGGAAUUCUAACCAAAACAAAGCUAGAUUUUCGCAAUACGUUGUAAAAGAUAAAUCUUUGUAAUGAAAUGCAAUGCAGAUUCUUCUGAAAGAUAUGGUUAAAAUAAAAAACAAAAUAAUAGAAAAUUA